AUGGCGUCGAGUUCCGACGAGGGCGAGAUCAUGGAGAAUGACGCCGUGGAUUUGAAGGCAACUUCACUGCCGAAGAAGUUUGAAGGAAACGGUGUUGACCGUCAAGACAGAACUCGAGAUAGACGCUCAACCUCCAACUCCCCCGAGUACGACAGUUUCGCCAGAAACAACCACCACUUUUCGAGACGCAGCCGUUCCCCCCCGCCGCCCCGCGGGUUUAAGCGCGCCCGCGAUGAGCGUGACUACGCUGGUGGAGGACGACAGGAAACCCGCCGCUUCCGCGUGCACUAUGAAGACGGUGCGAGGGAUGACUACCGCCGCUCGCGCGUAUCGUACGAAGACCUAGACCGCCCGCCAUCCCGCGGCUCGAACACCAGCUACGACGAUCGCGACAGGAACCGCAGCCGCGAGAGAGACUCAUACAGAGACAGGGACAGGGAGCGCGAUCGCGAUCGCGAGAGGGACCGAUACCCGGAUAAGAGACAGCGUAACCGUACCAGGUCGCCUUACCGGCCCCCACGCGGUGAGCGAGGAGGUCGCGAUGAUCACUACGCCAGAGACGGCAGGCACGAUCGUCUCACUCAUUCGUUCCGCGGCUUAAAGUACGACGACAACGGGGACCGAAACGCCCGAAACGGACGCGCGGCGCCGAUCGGGGUCGCUGUAGGAAUGGAUUCGCGCGCUUCCAGAGAAGAUGCUAAACCUGUGAAAGACUCUGCAGACCGCGAAACUUCUGCGGCUUCUCGCUCUCGGGGCCAGGCCGCUCCGCGGGUGGUAGAACCAGAUCAUAGCUACGAGGAGCCUGAGGAGCCAAUGGUCAUUGACGAGGAAGCUGAGAUCGAACGCAGGCGACGACGCCGUGAUGAGCUACUCGCAAAGUCUAGCUCGGCUACUCCACUGCUUAUUCACGCAUUACAUGCGGCUGACAAGUCGGCGAUUCCAUCACCAGCCCGGGAAAGCACUCCAACAGCGGAUCUUGGGACCCCAGGCACAGGUAAGAAUCUUGCCCUCCAGAGUUUGACAACUGCUAAGUUUGCAGACAUUGCCUCACCUGCCCGAGACGGAAGUUCGCCUGGCGCUAUUGACAUUGUGAAUGAGAGCGACCUCAUGAACACUCAUGGCGGUGGCGAUGCUACGGAGGAGGACGGACCCUCAGCUGCAGAUUACGAUCCCACGGCCGACAUGAAGGAGGACGAAAGGCGCGAUGAGAUGCGACAUGGUAACGUGGGUGUUCAUGGCGAAGCUCUUGACACAAAGAACGAAACGCAGCCACAGGACCAACCUCAGGAAGCCCCUGCGAAGAAGUCAUCGGAAGACGACGGCGAUGAUGACGAUUUCGACAUGUUUGCUGAAGACUUUGAUGACGACAAGUACGCCGCACCCAACCCUGUCAAGGUAGCUGUGGUGGACGAGUCCAAGGCCUCACCCGCUCUUGCGCCGCCAAACGGAGCCAUUCUUGAGGGCGACGACAAGGACGGUUACUACAAGCUUCGCAUUGGUGAGAUCCUCAACGGGCGUUAUCAGGUCCAGUCGGCUUUGGGCAAGGGUAUGUUCUCCGGCGUUGCGCGGGCCGUCGACAUUACGAACAAGAAGCUGGUCGCUGUCAAGAUCAUGAGAAACAACGAUGCGCUGAGGAAGGGAGGUUUCACCGAGAUUGCCAUCCUGCAAAAGCUCAACGACGCCGAUCCAGAAAAUCGCAAGCAUAUCGUCAAGUUUGAACGGCACUUCGACCACAAGGGCCACUUGUGCAUGGCGUUUGAGAACCUGAGUCUCAACCUGCGCGAAGUGCUCAAGAAAUUCGGCAACAAUGUCGGUAUCAACUUGGGCGCCACGCGAGCAUACGCCCACCAAAUCUUCAUUGGCCUUGCUCACAUGCGUAAAUGCAGUAUCAUCCACGCAGAUUUGAAGCCUGACAAUAUCUUAGUCAACGAAAGUCGAAAUGUGCUCAAGAUUUGUGACUUGGGAACCGGCAUCGACAAGUCUGACGCAGCUACGGCGCACAAUGAGAUCACCCCGUACCUGGUCAGUCGCUUUUACAGAGCACCAGAGAUCAUUCUCGGAAUGCCCUAUGACUACUCUAUCGACAUGUGGUCCAUCGGUGCCACAUUGUACGAGCUGUACACGGGCAAAAUUCUCUUCGCAGGCGACAGUAACAAUCAGAUGCUCAAGGCCAUCAUGGAGAUCCGUGGCAAGAUUACGCCAAAGCUCUAUAAACGGGGUCAACUCUCGGCGAUGCACUUUGAUGAAAUGGGCAACUUUGUCAGCAUGGAGCGGGACAAGGUGCUUGGAAAGACAACUGCCAGGGUCCUGCCCGUCGUCAAACCAACGCGUGAUCUGCGCACCCGCCUCUUUGCCACGUCAGCGGGUAUGAACGACGCCGAGACGAGGGACCUGAACCAUUUUGUCGACCUGCUCGAGCACUGCUUGACGCUCAACCCGGAGAAGAGGAUCAAACCCGCCGACGCGCUGAAGCAUUCCUUCUUUACUGCGAAGGUCGCGGCGUCUGCGAAGAGAUGA